CCCCGCCAGCCUGCGGGGGCACACCCGGAAGCAGCACCCCCGGCUCGAGUGUGGGGCCUGUCAGGAGGCCUUCCCCAGCCGGCCGGCACUGGAUGAGCACCGGAGGCAGCAGCAUUUCAGCCACCGCUGCCAGCUCUGUGACUUUGCUGCCCGGGAGCGGGUGGGCCUGGUGAAGCACUACUUGGAGCAGCACGAGGAGACUUCCGAGGCAGCGGCAGCCUCGGCCGGGGAGGGGGACUCCGGUCAGCCCCCUCUGCGCUGCCCCUUCUGUGACUUUGCCUGCCGCCACCAGCUGGUGCUGGAUCACCACGUGAAAGGGCAUGGGGGCACCCGGCUCUACAAGUGCACGGACUGUGCUUACAGCACCAAGAACCGGCAGAAGAUCACCUGGCACAGCCGUAUCCACACCGGGGAAAAGCCCUACCGCUGUCACCUCUGUCCCUAUGCCUGCGCGGACCCCUCUCGCCUCAAGUACCAUAUGCGGAUCCACAAGGAGGAACGGAAGUAUCUGUGCCCUGACUGUGGCUACAAGUGCAAGUGGGUCAACCAGCUCAAGUACCACAUGACCAAGCACACAGGUCAGUCUGCGUGGUUUCCACAGGCCCGAGGGGCUCCCCUGUGCCAUGGCACACCCAGCCUCCCUGAGUGUGGUGUAUGUCCUUAUGCAGAUUUGGGGUGCAUAUCAGUUUUCACAUCAGGGGUAGUGGGUCAACUGAAAGGCCAGAAUAACUUCCCAACCCACUGAAAGCCUAUGAGAAUCAGGAGAGGUGAACCUGGGGGUCUGGGCAUGUGUGCUUUGCAAAACCUUCUCAGGGGAUUGUGGCACAAGGUCACCC